AUGGCCGCCAAAACCCUCAGAAAUGACAAAGAGCUGAGGAUAGUGAUGGUGGGGAAGACUGGAAUUGGGAAGAGUGCCACUGGAAACACCAUCCUGGGACGACAGUGCUUUGAAUCAAAGUUCAGCGCAAAGUCUAUGACUGUUGACUGCUCCAAGGGCACAACUGGGAUGGACGGGCAACAGGUUGCUGUUAUCGACACCCCCGGUCUGUUUGACACCAGGUUCGGCAUGGACAAAACAACUAAAGAUGUAGGCCAGUGCAUCUCUUUCGCUGCUCCUGGACCCCACGUGUUCCUGGUGGUCAUCAGACUGGGCAGAUUCACUGAUGAGGAAAAGCAGACGGUGCAAAAGAUUCAAGAAAUCUUCGGCCAGNNNNCAGACAGAUACAGCAUGGUUCUCUUUACUCAUGGUGACCUUCUUAAAGACACGACUAUUGAGGACUUCUUGGUUGAAAGCCCUGACCUGCAGGAACUCGUGGCCAGAUGUAAUGGCCAGUACCAUGUCUUCAAUAAUGAGAAAAAAGAUCGUUCUCAGGUCACUGAGCUGCUCCAGAAGAUCAGAAAUAUAGCCCAGAUGAACGGAGGCAGCCACUACACCAACGAGAUGUUCCAAGAGGCUGAGAGGAUAAUCGAAGAGGAGAAACAACGCAUCCUGAGAGAGAAAGAAGAGCAGAUACGCAGAGAAAGAGAGGAAGUGAAGAGGAAAAUACAGGAGAAAUAUGAACAGCAGAUGAGGAAAAUGAAUGAACAAUUCCAGGCUGAGAGGGAGAGGGAGAGAAAACUGUUAGAGGAGGAGAUGAAGAAGGCGAAGGAGGAGAUGGAUGAGGAGAGAAGGAGGGAAAGGGAAGAGAGAGCAGCAGAGAGACAGAGAGAAAUAGAGGAGAAUGAAGAGAAUAUGACAAACAGGAUAAACGAAUUAAAAGCAAACCAUGCCGAAGAACUGAGAGACGAACUACAAAAAUUGUCUGAAGAGUAUAAUAAUAUGGCUAGAGAUGAAGCUGAAAAAAGAUGUCCAACUUGUGUAAUCUCAUAA